UCCCUUGUGCUCCCAGUACUGCUACCUCGGCGCACCUGUCAAGAUCUCGCCAGUCGUCCCCGCCGGGCGUCAAACCCAUCCUCUCAUUCGUGACUUGCUGGAUCGCCUUCAGAGACGGCUUCAACCACUCCAGUGGCUCACAAACAACUCUUCGGGCAUCUCCAUUCCUGUGGCCAGGACCAUAUAUAUUACUUUUAUUCGCUCUGUCGUUGAUUACCUCUCCCCUGCCUUGGUACAACUUCCCCGAACGACUUUAGAGCCCUUGGAGAAAUUUCAGAACAGAGCGCUGAGAGUUAUUCUUGGGUGUCCCAUGUCUACAAGGAUUGUAAACAUGCAAUGCGAGCUACGUCUUCCACCCUUGGUCGAGAGAAUUUAUUCCAAUGUUACUCGCCUCACUGUUAAGUGCCUCCAUCUCCCACAUCUCUCGCCCCACUACUCGCAGCUGAUCAGGAUGUCGCUUGGACCCGCUCGACCUGUUCCUCCUAUCUUGCCCGCAGGUCGUACCCUUAUUCGAGCUGUCUCUUCCUUGAUUCGCAGUCUUGAUUUGGAUGUCCGUGCUGCUGACGUGCCCCCUGGCCCGCCCCCGUGGAUGUUGCCAACGCCAGAGGUCAGCUUAACUCCUACAUCCAAGUCGGACCCGCCUCCCCUACAGCUGCAGUUGGCCCUGGAACACGUAGCGACAGUGACGUCCUCCAUCGCAGCUCCACGCCGUCUCUACACUGACGGGUCACUGCAAUCGGACGGUGCAGCUGGUUGUGCGGUUUUCUCACCUGACUUGGAGCCGCCUCCUGGGGGUUGGGUUGGCCGUCGCCUCCAUGACCACUCCAGCUCCACAUUAUCUGACCGCCUUGCCAAGGAAGCCUGCUGCCUACCUCCACGUGGUGAUGCCCGUCCUCUCUCCCUGCCCUGCAACCUCUCCAGAGUCCGCUCCGCCGCCUUUCUUCCUGCACGGCGUCGUAGGGAUACAGAGAAGCCUCACAGCAUCACCAUCAACCACUAUGAGGCCGUCUGCCGCCACAAGUACUCGUACCGUCGCCGGGGCCUCAUGGUUCGGAGACACAAUGUUGUUUCCGCACGUCUGCGGUUAGGCUACCGUCCACCGUGGCAGGUCGCCGGAGUGGAGGGGGAGCCUGUGUUCACCGAAUGUCGCCUGUGCCGCUCACCACUGUCAAACACCAUCGAACACUACUGCCUGGCCUGCCCCACUGUUCGUGGAUUGCUACCCCAGGGACAGCCGCUGGAUGCUGUCUGCCGCCACCUCCUGAACCACGACUCUCUUGAUGUAAUCCUGGUGCGCCACCCUCGUUUUGGGGGGUUUUCAUAGGUGUGUGUGUGUGUGUGUGUGUGUGUGUGUGUGUGUGUGUGUGUGUGUCCAUUGGUUUAGUUAAA